UAGACACAGUAAUAUAAAUAACUACUAAUUCAGUUCAAUACAUGGAAAUACCAGGGCUCUUGCUUGCAUUUGAUAUUUAAUGAGCAUAGCAAUGUAGUAUAUAUUAGCAUGCAAUUGGAAUGGUGGAUACUAUUUAAUAAUUACAUUGAGGUGGUGGGCGUGUUUGUUGUUAAAGUGUAAAUAUACUCAACCAGACUGCGACAGUAUGAAUCCAUCGCCAAAGACUCUAACUGGUAACCUGCUUAUCGACAAUAAAGGGGCGUGCGACUGGGGAUGCCAGGGUUUUCUUGCAUACGGAUGCAAAACAUAUGCCGUUAUUAUCGACCCCAAAACUUUACAGAUUAUUCAAACGGUCGGGCCACAGAAAGGCUUCAUCAAUGUGGUGCGUUGGUCAGGCGAAGACUAUCAUCAUGCGUUUGCAACGGGAAGCACCUACAAUCUUUACCUUGCCUGUGCUGAUACGAGUGGAGAUGUGGUCAUAUGGGAUGUAGUCAGCGGGCAAGUCAGAACUGAGCUAUCGGAUGCAUCAGCAACGAAAGCGGUUAUAGAUAUCCAAUGGCUGCGUGGCCACGCGACGUCACAUGACCUGGUUGUUGUAUUACGACAUCCUGACUUGCUGGAGCUUUGGGACGGGUUCACUGGAGUGAGGUUGUGGAGAAAAUCGUUUGGAGAGAAUCUGCUGUCGAUGACCCUUGACCCGUUCGAUAUUCAGAGACUUAUUUGUUUAAGUGAACAUCCUCAUUUGGUAGUUGCUACUGAUGUGACAGUAACGAAGGAGCCAUCUUCCUUACGAACUGUGCAGUUUUCAGACCCAAGUCCUAAACAAACUGGUCAAAGAAGAUUUUCAAAUGGAAGUGUUGCCUCUGAAAAAUCCUUAACGAGAAAUUCAAGCUCUCUAUCCAAGAUGGCUUCCCUAGCAACGAAUAUUCUUACCACUCAGGAUAGCUCAAAACGACGCGGCACGACCGAUGACACAGAAUGCACAACGAGCUGUAUACAGGCAGUUUUCAGUCCGGCACACCAAAACAUGGUAUUCUUGGUAUUUCCAACGGAAAUUCAGAUCAUUGACGUUGAAGUGGAUUUAGCGGUUCAUGCCCUAAGGCUUGACAAGUCAUCGCCAAGCUUUGUUAAGUGUCUACCAUGUAGGAAUGUUGAUAUGUUUUUCUGUCUUCACGAAAACGGAAGUGCUUCAGUUAGAGUAAGGAAACAGUCCAACAAGUUUCAAGGAGAAAACCGGGAAGAUGAAAUGAUCGACUUUAGUUACGAUGUGAAAUGUCACUCCGAUUCCUUGCGUCUGUUGAGGCACUGUAAGGUGUACAACUUUGUCUACCAUCCGUUUACGGAAAAGCAGGUUGCCCUGGUACUAAGUGACAGCAGAAUAAUCUUCAUUGACAUACUUACGUCGGAGUAUUCAAGCCAUGGGCCUUGUUUGACGCAAAGGAAACCCGCCCUGACGUUAGCAGAUUCUACUUGCGGAAAGAAGAUUGUGACAUUAGUGAAUGAUGCUUUGAGAAGUCGGGAAAAGAUAACUCUUCGAAUGGUGACAGCAGGCCUCAUAUCAGGGAUAGCAUCCCCUGUGACAGUCUUGGAAAUGGCCCCAUCUGUAAAUGAUAACCAUGGUGUUGGGAAGUGUGUCGCUGUCGGCUCCGAACAUGGAUCUGUCCAACUAGUUGACCUGUACAGUGGUCAGGUAGAGACCGAGGUAAAGCUGUUCACAUCACCUGUACGGGGUAUCGUUUGGGUUAAUACGACACACCUUCUGGUUCAUUCAUAUCCGGACCCGCCUUCGUAUGGAAACAGAACCAUUCAAUCCGAAAUGGUGGAUUUGAACAUUAAGUCAGGUCAGACCACUAGUAUUGUGGACAGAUCUGAGGCAAAGGGACAGUUGCUCCAGGUUACACUCUCACCUUCUAGGACAUACUGCGUUAUGAUUUACAAAGAAAAAGAAAUGGAGCUAUGGAAUAUCAAUUCGAGGCAGUUGCUCAGAGAAAUUUUGACGCCAGAAUUCAUCAGACCAACGUUUGCAAGUUGGUAUAACGUUGUCACAUGGAAGAGCACACGAAUGGAACGACCAGACAACAAUGGCCGGCUCCGAAAAAUGGUGAAAAGAGAAAGUUUGGAACAGUUUUUUGUGACGGGUCAGCUGAUAGACAACAAUGCUGUAACAAGACUCACAGUUUGUGACGGCGUUAUAACUGAACCAACUGUGUUAACAAACGAGAACCUCUUUGGGAUCUUUGCACCCAAAACAGAAAUAGUGACCAUGCGUUGGCAGACACAUUAUCUUUUGAUAGGAGAUCGAGCUGGAAAUGUGUAUUUAAAUAACGCCAAGGAAGGACGCCAUCAUGCAAGAAAGAUUGUCGAUAAGCGAGGGUUCGAGAUCCGAAGCAUUCAAUUUGCACCAGGGAAAAUAAACAUGCAGUUUUUCGUACAGUACUCGGACUGUGUAUUCGUGUAUAUUCUUCACCCUGAAACCUAUUCGGCUGACCUGUUAGCAACGAGCCCAACAUUAGGUUCUGAAAUGGUUGACCUUACAUGGUGCGGGGAAACUAGUGUUGCCAUAGCAACAGAGGACGGGUGCAUCCAUGUUGUCGACAUUUGUUGUAAAACUCCAAUAUCCCCAGUAACAUCAACCAAUGCAGAAAUAGAUGACUUUGUUCACGUAAGAGAGGGUUCUAUGAAAAACAGCGUUUCUUCUGUUUCAAAGUGGCAACUCAAUGGGAGUUUUAGCCCAGCUUUUCUUGAGCCAAAGAUGACAACACUCUUGAAAUACAGUUUACAGACCAACAUAAAACCGUAUAACAUCGAGGUCACCAAAUUAAUUGACCAACUCGAGAGAAAUGUUGUUCACUUUAUUCAGGACAAAAACACGAACAUAAGUGAAAGAUGUUUAAUGGUUGCAAGAAUGUUUGGCGAUGAACACGAUGUCAAUUUUUGGCAGCAGGUGAAGUACUCUUGUCAAAAUGGGAAACGUGAUACAUCAGUUUUGGAAGACAUUUCGAAAGACAUUGACAUACCGAGUAUUAUAUCUUCAUUAGCAACUGAGAAAGCAGAGCCGAAACUGAUAGACUUCGAUAGCGCUGAAGGGACGACGGAUACGGAUGUUGAAGACAGUCAAACUGACAAUGAAAUGGAUAUAACUUUGUCGAAUCGGUUUGAUACAGACCCUAGUCUUGUUUCGUGUUUCGGCGACAUGAUGAUGAGUGAGGAUUUCAAGGUAUAUGAGAGCCAAAAACUGUACUUGUUGAACAAACAUCGGAUAGAUAUGCGCGUUAAAGAGCUUUGCAGUCAACGGUGGAUUAUGUUGAACAAAAUAGACAUGGCGGUUUCUGUUCUCAUGGAAACAGACUUGGAACAGUCGCAGUUCAAGACAGAUUGUCUUAAGGCCUGCCUAGCUUCUAGUGUCAACCAGACUAGUACAUACCUGAGUACAAUGAAACUGGCCGCAACACAUCUUAUUGUUGCUGGAUUUAUCUCGGACGGAGUCGAGCUGUUGUGUUUGAUAAACCGACGAUUGGACGCCUGCAAAUAUCUCAUUUCCUACGGGAGAUGGCGCGAGGCUUUGUGGCUGGCAAAAGCGAGCCUAAGCCAAGGCGAAUGUCUACAAGUCGUAUGCAAGUGGGCCGAAUAUCUCUGGAAUUCAGACAGGAAGUCGAAAGCAAUUUUAGUUAUGUUAUCUGCACAGCAGUAUGUAAUGGUGUUACGAAUGCUUUGUGCCCAACGUCACUUUGACACAGCUGCCCUGUUUCUCGCCAGCUGUGUAGAACGUGGUGUUUUAACCAGAACGAAGAGCACAGAGCGGAUAUACCUGGAAUUUGCAAAACUGUUGAGUGUGACUAACUACACUUCGGCUGUGAACCAAUACUGUGACCUUGCUGGAGAAAGUGGUGUUCACUUCCGAGACACACAGAACGAAUAAAUAAUAGCUGUUUCCGUGGGCGUUUUAAACCACGAAUCAGCGUAUUAAUGAUAUAAUAAUAUUGAGAGAAUGAAGAUAUAUAAAAAUAGUACGCGCUUCUCAAAAGACAAACCGUUAUACGGAUAAGGUGUAUCUAUAAGUUGGCGCUUGUCAAACUUAGUACAGAUGAAUUGGUUCCAGCUUCUCAGAACAAGAACAAAUAAAAACAAUUAAUCCGUUGGUGCUAUAUCAUUUAAAAUAACAAAAAGUAAAGUUACCUUUUGGUGCACGCUCCUUAGAAUACACAACAUAUCGAUAGCGCCCCUUAAAUACAGAUGAUUGAAUUUUCACCUUCAUCUUUAUGCGUAUGAUGUGCGUCCUUCUUCAAAUUCUGAACAUAUAUGUAUAUGUUAAUCUCUUCGUUAUAAUAUAAAAAUAUUACAUGAAAUCCAUUGGAGCCUAUAGCCGAUCAAUUGGAAGAUCAUUUUUACAACUGCUAAGCCAAGGUUGCGGAAUACUUUGCCCGUCAGCAACUAAUAAAUAUUUCAUUGUAUUGCAUUUAAAAUAAAUUAUUCUCUUAAUAAAUAUUUCAUUGUAUUGCAUUUAAAAUAAAUUAAUUUUAAUAAAUUGAUGCAUCGUGUCGAUUU